CCUGCUCCCAUGCCAUCGCGCUCGCUCCACGUCGCCGUCAUCGGCGCGGGCGCCGCCGGCCUGGUGGCGGCGCGCGAGCUGCGGCGCGAGGGCCACGACCCCGUCGUCUUCGAGCGCGGCGCCGGCGUGGGCGGCAACUGGCUCUACCAUCCGGCCGCCUCGGCGGACCCGCUCGGCGCAGGCGGCGUCCAGUCGAGCCUGUACGCGUCCCUCCGCACCAACGUCCCCCGCGAGUGCAUGGGCUUCAUGGACUUCCCCUUCGUCGCCGGCGCCGGGGCGAUGAGCUCCUACUCCGACGACCCGCGCCGGUUCCCGGGGCACGAGGAGGUGCUCCGGUACCUGCAGGAGUUCGCGCGGCGGUUCGAUCUCCUCGGGCUGAUCCGGCUCCAGACCGAGGUGGUCAGCGUCCGCAGGGACGACGCGAGCGCGGGCUGGAAGUUGUCAUACCGCUCGUGGAGGAAGCUCCCCGGAGCAGGCGGCGAAGAACUAGAGGAAGAGGUGUUCGACGCCGUCGUCGUCUGCAACGGCCACUCGGACGAGCCGCGCCUCGCUGACAUCGCAGGUAUCGACGGUUGGCCAGGGAUGCAGAUGCACAGCCGCAACUACCGUGUGCCUGACCCAUUCAACGGCCAAGUUGUGGUGAUCGUAGGAUAUGCGCCAAGUGGACUCGACAUUUCCAGGGACAUUGUUGGUGUCGCCAAAGAGGUCCAUGUAGCGCACCGGUCGCCCGCUACCUCUGAAACGCAGAGCACUGCCCAUGCCAACAUGUGGCUUCAUCCAACGAUCGAGCGUACAGAGGAAGACGGCAGCGUGGUGUUCCAAGACGGCAGUCGGGUCAAAGCCGACGCCAUCUUGCAUUGCACUGGAUACAAGUACAACUUCCCGUUCCUAGGUGACGAUGUUGGUAUCCUCGUGGAUGAUAAUCGCGUACAUCCGCUGUACAAGCAUGUGUUCCCACCACAUCUAGCUCCUCACAUAUCCUUCAUCGGAUUGUCCCUCAAGGCUCUCCAGUUUCCAGUGUUUCAACUGCAAAGCAACUGGGUGGCCAGAGUCUUAUCAGAAAGGGCUAAGCUCCCAUCACAAGAGGAAAUGAUGGAGGAUAUGACAGCUUUUUACUCGAAGUUGGAAGCUAGAGGAUGCCCGAAAAGAUACACUCAUGACCUAGGAGAAUGCACGUAUGAGUAUGAGGAUUGGGUCGCAGAUCAAUGUGGGUUGGAGAGGAUUGAAAGGUGGAGGAAAGAGAUGUUUGUUGCGGCGCUGAAGAACUUUGCCGAUCGUCCCGAGAGCUACCGAAAUGAAUGGGAUGACGACCACUUGUUGCUAGAAGCACACCGAGAUUUCACCAAAUAUUUUUGACUAAUUUGCGGGUGACUAUUUAUUGGCUUUGGUGUACUCCUGCUAGGCCAUGGUUGUUCUUGUUCCCUAUAUAGGAUAAUUCCUUCAAUAACUCCAUUAAUUUGCACAUGUGAUGUCCAUACUUUUUAAAAGCAUCUACCACCACAUUUCUACAGUUGCUUUAA